AUGGAGCUGCCGCUCUCUGCGCCGCGCGCGCAUGCCGCCGCUGCCUUCCCCUGCAGCCCCACUUCUAUCUUCCGCCUCCACGGGGCAGCCACUCCCCACAGCCGCGCGCGCCCUCUGCACGCCCGCAGGAACAAGAACUCCAGGGGCGACGCCGCGGAGCCCAAAGUCAUCACCAUCGGCCGGCCCGGGAAGAAGAGCAAGCGGCGCGGCGACAAGAAGCAGGAUCAGCAGCAGCUCCCGGCGGACCAAGAAGACGAAGACGACGAGGAGGACGAUGAUGAGGAGGAGGACGAGAGGGACGUGGCGAUCCCGGAGGUGGUGACGAACCGGAUGAUGCGGCGGGUGGGGGCGUCGGUGGGGAUCCCGCUGGCGCUGGGGCUGGCCUUCUUCCCGGCGUUCUACUACCUGAAGAAGGUGGCGAAGGUGGACGUGCCGAGCUUCAUCCCCUACGGGCUGUCCUUCGUCUUCUUCGGGGCGGCGCUGGCCGGCGUGAGCUACGGCAUCGUGUCAGCCAGCUGGGAUCCCGCCAGAGAGGGCUCCCUGCUCGGCUGGAACGAGGCCCGCCGCAACUGGCCCGUCUUCUGGGAGUCCUUCCGGGGCACCCCUCCUCCGAGCCCUCCUCGCCGGGGACGAUGA